AUGGACAUCCUCGGCCACAAAACCACAAGGAAUUGUUCAAUCAUCGGCAUGCUGUUCUACGAAACCAUGUGGAAAGUUAAAAAGCCAAGAACUCAAUGGAACCCAGCUUUGGAAAAGGUUUGGUUGAGAUACUUCAGGAGCACAACACUCCGUACCAUAGGGGACAUAAUGUUUGAUAAAUCAUUUCUUUUAUAUAUACAGACGUGGCCAGAAAUAGCUAAGUUCCAGAAUAAGCCCUUUCCCCUCUACGAUAAGCUUGGUGAUCUGUAUGAUGGUGAGCAUGUAGCAGAAGGUAACUUCAAUUUCACAUCAACUGAGGUUACACAAGUGAGUGAUGGUGAUCCCGAAGUUGAAAGAGAGAAGAUUGCCUUCUCUUUUGACCUGAAUCAAUACGAUGAUGAUUUACACAUGUAUGAUGAUCCAAGAGAUGCCGCCCCAAGUGAUGGUCCAAGAGAUGCUGCCCCAAGUGAUGGUCCUAGAGAUGCUGCCCCAAGUGAUGGUCCAAGAGGUGCUGCCCCAAGUGAUGGUUCAAGAGAUGCUACACAAAGAGGUGGUGUUGCUGCUUCAAAUAACAAGCAUGUGAAGGAAUCAAAGAAGGGUAAGAAGCGUGAUGAUCCUAUGGUGGAAGUGAUGGCACAAUAUGUGGAGAUCAAAUGGAAGCAAGCGGAGGAGGAGUCUGCUCUAUUGGCAGGGGCAAAAAAUGCCCAAGAAUUCUCUCUUAAUUAUGCCGCGGAAGAUGAAGAGAGUGUUGCGGUGCUUCUUCGGAGCGAAAUGGCAGAGUUGACUCAACAUAUCUAA